UUUUACAUUUUACGCAUAGAACAUUUCUACGUGACACGACAUCAAUCAAGCAAGAAGGUAAUCUCGACCAUAAACAUAUGUGGUUUAGGGACGUAAUCAAGAAUUCAAAAGGUCGCGAAAUUCUGCGUGCAUCGUUGAACACCCGCGCUCGCGCCUGCCGCCGACGACUUCCGGCCGACGCCCAAUCGCCAUCUUGUUUCUUCUUCGCGUCGAUUGCUCACCUUGUUUCGUGCCACGUCGUAAUAAAAUAUUUUUUCAGAGACUAAUUAUAAUUAGAUCUAGUAAUAUUUUUAAGAUCUACGUAACUAGUUUUUACAUAUUAUUGUGUUGUGCUAGAAAAAGCUGCGUUACAUCUUGCAAAAUGGAAACGGAUUUGUCAUCAGAGAAACGUGCAUUAGCACUUGAGAACUCAGAGCGGCCUUCUUCACUCCAUGAGAAGCAGAAAGCACCGGCGAGGAUGGUAGCUGCAGCAGUGAAGAGCCAACCUCCAGCUGUGAAGGAUCAGCCUCCAGCUGUGAAGGACCAGCGUCCAGCUGCAGACCCCGUGAUGACCAAGCCGCAACCAUCAUGCUUACUCUGUGUUACUGCAACAUGAGCCUGUCUCCAUCCAGUCGCCUGCACCUUCAGCACCUAAUGCGUCACAGUCUGCACCUACACCAACACUACUCAGCACUCAGUUUGGCCAUGUCAUAGCGGGUAACCUCCCCAGCCUUCCUGCUCACCCCUCAAAGUCAAACAAGAAGGUGGUAUCUUUGUUUUGUACUACGUGUGAUUCUGAUCUUAACGACACUAUGUCACUAUUCUGGAAGACUGAAGAUGUGCCUCAAGUAUUCACAGAAAAAGUGUCAGAGCACGAAGCAUGUGAGCAAAUGUUUCAAGAGAAUGUACAAUUAACUAAUAACCAAUUUGAAGUUGCCUUACCAUUAAAGUUGCCUCUCGACUCUGUCAAUGAUACUCUGGGAGAUUCCUUGUACCUUGCAUUAAAGAGAUUUCAUAAUUUGGAAAAUAGGCUGCAUAAAGAUCCAGUUUUAUUGAAAUUAUAUAAAGAUUUCAUUCAUGAAUAUUUAGAGUUGGGACAUGGAUCUAAAAUUGACAUUGCACAAUAUGAUUUAAAUUCAGAUCCAGUUUAUUUUUUGCCCCACCAUCCUGUAGUAAGAAUGGAUAAGAAAAGUACUAAAUGCAGGGCUGUAUUUGACGCUUCAAUGAAAACAAAUAAAAAAGUGUCACUUAAUAAUUUGCUUUUAAAUGGUCCUGUAGUACAGAAAGAAUUGUUCGACAUUUUAAUUCUAUUUCGAUUCGAACAAUAUGUAUUUGUCACUGAUAUUAAACACAUGUUUAGGGCAGUUAGUCUUAAUGAAAAGUAUCGCCCAUUGCAAAACAUUCUCUGGCGUGACUCGCCAGACAACAAUGUUGAAUGUAUUCAGCUAAAUACCGUUACGUAUGGGCUAAAAAGCUCGUCGUAUUUAGCCACUCGUUGCUUAAUAGAAUUAGCUGAUCGAUAUGCAGAGGAUUUUCCAUUAGCAUCAUCCAUUCUAAAGAAUCAAACUUAUGUAGAUGACAUUUUAGCUACCAAUGAUUCCUUAGACGCAUUGAUAGAGUCGAAAGAGCAACUUUGCAAGCUUCUGGACCUGGGAGGCUUCCAGCUACAUAAGUGGUCUUCUAAUAGAGUUGAGGCUUUGCACGACAUACCGACAGACAAACAGUAUUUCGACUCUAUUGACUUAGAAAAAACUAAUUUAUGUAUAAAAACGUUAGGUGUUAAUUAUGACAUUAAGUCUGAUACACUAACCCUUUCUGCGCCUAAUACAGGCACUAACAUACCUGACACUAAGCGGGAAGUACUCAGUUUUAUAAGUAAGUUCUUUGAUCCGCUAGGCUUGGCGGGCCCGCUCGUUGUAAGUGCUAAGGUCAUUAUGCAAAAGCUUUGGGAAGCACGUCUUGAAUGGGACUCCAUACUUAACGAUGAUUUAAGAAAGCUAUGGCGUGAGUUUUAUGAAAGUCUUUCAAUUAUGGCUCCCAUGAGUUUCAAUCGUUAUGUCUGCUUACAAAAUGCAACAUGUCUGCAACUGAUAGGUUUCGCCGAUGCCUCGAGUUCCGCUGCUUACGGCUGCUGUGUGUACCUGCGUGUGGUUGACUCAACAGGUAAUGUGAAUGUUUCCUUACUCUGUUCGAAGUCUCGCGUCAACCCCAUCAAACAGAGUCUCACCGUGCCGCGACUGGAGCUCAAUGCCGCACUGCUGCUUGCGAAGCUUAUCACCAGAGUGCAUGAUACACUCUCAUUAAAAAAGACCAUUAACAAUGUUGUAUUAUACUCCGACUCACAGAUUGUUCUGGCUUGGAUACAGACUAAUGCUGCUAAAUUAAAUACUUAUGUAGCAAACAGGGUAAAGGAGAUCUCCCAGCUCACCAGUAAGUAUACAUGGGCAUAUGUAAACACGCACGAGAAUCCUGCCGACUGCCUGAGCCGAGGCGUCCUACCCCAUGAGCUCGAGAGCAACCAGUUGUGGUGGACAGCACCUUUAUUCCUCCAUGACAGUAAGUAUGUUGCUCCCCAACAAGAGCAGUACACGGCCGACGGUCUACCCGAGGUGAGAAGGAGCUCUGAGUUCUCUAGUGCAAUGGUUUGUACUCUCUCUGAUAAGGCAGACAUAAACCUUGAUUUUCUUGAUAAAUAUUCAGAUAUAAAUAGAAUGCAAAGGGUUCUUGCUUACAUUUUACGUUUCUGUAGUAACACACGCACAAAAACUGAUAAAAUAAAACAUAAUUUCAUAUCUAGUUCUGAAUUAAAUAGCUCAUUAAAUUUAAUAUUAAGAUAUGAACAACAAAAGUUUAUGAAAGAAGAAUUAUAUUCUUUAAAAUGUAAUAAUACUGUAAAGGGUAAUAUUAAGGCCUUGUAUCCAUUCAUUGAUGACAGUGGUUUAAUAAGGGUAGGUGGCCGAUUGCAUAACGCCAAUAUUCCUUAUUCUCAAAAACACCCCAUUGUCCUGCCUAAAGGUUCCCGAGUAACAGAGUUAAUUAUUAGAAGCGAGCAUGAGAAAAACCUUCACGCGGGACAACGACUUGUUCUUUCAUCAAUGAAUCAAAAAUACUGGCUGCUUAACGGUAUUCGUGAAAUCAAAAAGGUCAUACACAAGUGUAUUGUAUGUUGGAAAUUAAAAAAGAAUGUAUCUCAACAACUGAUGGGUUCUUUACCACAUGACAGAGUGAAUGCAUGUCGUCCAUUUCAGAAAAUCGGUAUUGACUUUGCUGGCCCGAUAAGCGUCAAACAAUCAACGAUACGUCGGUCUGUCGUAUCAACAGGCUAUAUUUGUGUCAUAGUCUGCUUCGUUACAAAAGCAGUACACUUAGAAUUGCUCUCUGAUAUAAAAACAGAAUCAUUUCUUGCCUGUUUUGACCGCUUCAUUUCCCGUCGAGGCCUUCCUACAGACGUAUACUGUGACAAUGCAUCCACUUUUAAAUGUGCAAAAAGUAAAUUAGAUGACUUCUAUAAAUUACAGACUUCCAAAGCUCACCAAUCACAGGUACAAGGAUAUGCAUCUCAAAAAGGCAUAAAUUUCCAUUUUAUUCCUUGCUAUUCACCCAUUUUUGGUGGUCUUUGGGAAGCUGGUGUUAAAAGUGUGAAACACCACAUGAAAAGAGUCGUUCAGAAGGCAUUGUUAACCUAUGAACAGUUACAUACUGUACUAUGUAAAAUUGAAGCUAUUCUAAACAGCAGGCCUUUAAUUCCGUUAUCAAAUGAUGUUAAUGACUAUUCUUAUUUAACACCAGGCCACUUCCUGAUUGGAACAGCUUUAAAUUCCUAUCCAGAGCAAGAUGUAACAGACAUACCUCAGAACAGACUCAAGUUCUGGAGAAUAUGUAUUAGUAUGCAACAAUGUUUCUGGAAAGUUUGGAAUAGACAUUAUUUGAAUAUUUUACAAUCACGUCCAAAGUGGACAGACGUAAUGCCUAAUAUAGAAGUAGGUUCUCUUGUAAUACUCAGUGAAAGCAAUUCACCCCCUUUGUAUUGGCCUAUGGCAAGGGUGACUAAGUUGUUUCCUGGCUCUGAUAAUAUUGUUCGUGCGGUAGAAGUUAAAACAGCUAAUGGGAAUACCCAUACGAGAUCUAUAACUCGCGUAUGUGUAUUACCAAUUAAAUAAAGUUCAUAGUGUAACUUAUUUAAUCAUUAUACAAUUUAUUUUCUUAUUUACAAUGUAGACAUUUUUCCUUUAGUAUACACAUUAUUAUACCUAGUUUUCUAAAGUGUUAGGCUGGGUAAUGUAUACCAUUUUCGUGCUCCCGAGGUGCAGGCGUACUCGCUGCGUUGUCUUUUUAAUUAAUAAUAAUAAGUAUGUACUGUCAAGUGCAGAUGUCAGUAGGUACUACAUACAUUUUUCUUUUAUUUGAAACAUGUGUAUGUUUAAUAUCUAAGUAUAAACGUUAUUGCCUUUCUAUUUACUAGAUAUUAAGUUUAUUAAGCCACCUAUUGUAGGUAUGUUAUGAUAAGGACGUAUGCUAUGUUUAUUAAGUCAAUUUGGACAUGGCAUAUUUUCCAAAUAUUCCUUCUAUUUUGUAAUGAGUAUGUGUAAAGUUUUCUUUAGUGCAUGACUGUGUCAAAUUGAUCCUUUUCUUUUGUGAUGAUUAGGUGUAAAAGUUUUUAAAUAGUUAAGUAACUAAAGUUGAACUAGGACAAUGUUGUAUGUUAUGUCAUGGUGUAUGUUAUGUCAAUAGGUACAUCCAUACUUACUUAUAAUUAUUUUUUGUAUCUUACAUGCUUGAAUGCUGUCAUUUAACAUUUUCUUUAAAAAAUGUAAUCUUAUGUUUUACAAAUGUACAACUUCUUUGUCAUAAUAACCAUUUGUAGGCAUAAAAGUUACUAGAUUUUCUUUUAUAUCGUUUUAUAUGCGACCACAAACAUUAUCAAGUUAAUAAAUUAACAUUCUAAAUUUCAUUCAUAAAAUGUUUAGUUUGUUUGAUAGAUUUGUGUUUGUUCAAAGCCACUAGCGUUUGUCACUAUAAUAUUGUUAUGUAAAGUAAUUUAUAGUCAAUAACAAACCUGUUUUUAAUAUGCUAGCUUUUGCUUUGCCAUACAGUUUAGUUUGGCUUUGAAUUGUUUGUAUAAUGUUUAAAGUCAUUAGAAUUUUGGUUUUUUGUACUAAUUGUUUUGUAUAAAAGUACUUUACUCGUAACUAAAGCUUUCUUUUGUGGCCGCAGCAUGUUGGCAUCCCCAACAUUAAAUUUAUAUUUUUUAGUGUGACAACACUUUUGUCACUUCCCUUCCCUUCUUGCUCUCCAUUCAACUACUGUGAUGUGAACACUUUUUUGUACGAAUUUAAUUAAAUUCAGUGAAUUGUGCCUACU